AUGAGAAUAGCGGUUCAGGGCUGCUGUCAUGGUGACUUGAAUCAAGUUUUCAGUAAAGUGGCACAAAUUCAUGAGCGAAAUGCCAUUGAUCUUCUGUUAAUUCUCGGUGACUUCCAAAGUAUUCGUGAUAAGAACGACUUUCAAUCCAUCAGCAUACCUAAGAAGUACCAGAAGAUUGGAGAUUUCAAAGAAUAUUAUGAUAAUGAUGACUUGAAGCCUCCGGUGCUUACUCUAUUCAUUGGCGGAAACCAUGAAGCCAUGAGACAUCUCAUGCUUCUGCCCCACGGUGGUUAUGUGUCUAGAGAUAUAUAUUACAUGGGUUACUCGAACGUUCUAUGGUACCGUGGCGUUAGAAUUGGCUCACUUAGUGGCAUCUGGAAGCAGUGGGACUUUAACAGAGAAAGGAUGAGUUGGAAAUCCAUCGAAGAAUCGCAUGCUUGGCUAUCCAAAGUUCGCGAAUUGUACCAUGUAAGGAAUUCCGACAUGCUGCCACUGUUCAUGAUGGAUGGAGAGGAAAGGCUGGAUAUCAUGCUCAGUCAUGAUUGGCCAGACGGCGUGGUAUAUCAUGGUGAUAUACGUGGUCUGUUGAGAAGGAAGCCUUUCUUUGAGAGAGACGUUCAGAUGAGACGACUUGGAAAUCCCAAGAGCUGGCAAUUGCUGAGACAGCUGAAGCCCAAAUGGUGGCUGAGUGCUCAUCUGCAUGUUCGCUAUGAAGCUAUCAUCAACCAUAACAAGCGGAAGAAGAACGACGACGAACUGGAAUUGGAUUUGUCCAGUGAAGACGAUCGGCAAGAGGCCACCACUAGGUUCCUAGCGCUCGACAAAUGUCUUCCGAGGAGAAAUUGGCUUGAAAUAAUCGAGGUCGAACAGGAUACCUCACAUCCUUCCUACCAAGACAGAGACACGCUGUAUUGGGAUCCUGAAUUCAUCUCGAACCUGCAGAGGAUAGCCGCGGGGGACAAGGUGUCGAAGCCAGUAGCCAAGAGCAGAGACGAGGGCACCGACCAUUCUCAGUACGCAAUACCGCAGUACACGGCAGGGAUCCAGAGACGGGAGCAAGAACAGACAGCGAACUUCAUCAAAAGAUUUCUGUCGAAUAUAUAA